AUGGCUGCAGACAAGCGAUGGAACCUUGGAAGUGACCGGCUAUUGUUUCUAUCCACACCGAAUCCACAGAGGUCCGAUUGGAAUGGACAGCAGCUUAGUAGUACUCUAGAGGAAACGGCGCUUAACAAGGUCACCACUUUGCCACGGCAUGAGGCAAAAUCAUCAUCAUCCACCAACGCAGAAGACCUUGUUCUUGCGAAUCAGCGUGGGCAGAGACUACCGGUUGCCUGCCUGGGUCCUGUAGCCGCAGCUCGAGCAUCUCCAUGGGCGGAUGAUGUUGACGUGAAGGAUUGCUUUGCUUUGCUCUGCUCUGCUCUGCUCAGCGUUGGUGUUGGUGUUGGUGACGGUGGUGGCACAUGCAAAGGCCAAAAGAUCCAUGGGCCACCUGAGGAGGGAGGCAUGGAGGACCUUGGAAGCUUGGAAGCUUGGAAGGUUCGCCCAGUGUUGCGGCCCGUUCGGUCUUCGCUUCUCCCCCCCGCUGUCCACUCAACCCUACCUACCAACCACCACCACCACUUCCAUACAUACCCACCACCGGCCGGCCCUCGUGACAUUUGCAGCUGUGCCUUUGUCCCCUGCCUUUCUGCCCUGUUGCCGCCUUCUCUGCUGCAGUGCCUUUCUGUCCAGGUCGACUUGCCAACACACUCCACUCGCUACCUUCCUCCUUGCUUUCCUCCUAUCUCGCCUUCCGGUUGUCAGCGGCGAAGGCGGCGAAGCCACCUACCGAGGAACCGCUACGACGACCCUCCGCCCGCCUACGCUUUUGACAACCUCCUCUCCCCCACCCACGCACUGUCACGUCACGACCCCGACGACCCACGGCAGACACGCAAUCACCCUGAUCGGACGACAACCGGCUUCUACGGCCACCUUGAAGCCGCCAGAAGCGCUCAGCCAACCCCAAACACGCUCAACACGCUCAACACCGCGCUCGACUCACCGUGCAACAUGACCCCGACACCUUCAGGCCGCGGCCGCGGCUCUGACGCGGUGUCGAAUACCCUGCAUGCCGAACAAGUCGAUCCAUAUGCGACCAUGGGCCAGUUCUCCUUCGCGCCAGCAACCAAGACUACGGUUGUGACGACGACGUAUACUACCACCACCACCUUUCCGCCCAUUUGCAUAAAUGCCCCUGGCAAUCUCAGCAAGCGCGACCCCAAGGAAUACCCUUUGGCCCAUGCGCAAGCACCCGAGUCGAUACGCAAGUUCUACUUCGAAUCGGGGGGCGAGCUGGCUUGCUUCGAGGAGGCAAACCCCAUUUCGGACAAAGUAAAAGAGCACAACUCGCUCCGCGACACCCUCCGAUCAUCAAAUGGAAAGUUGAAAAAGGUCGAAUCCUUCAGCGGUCCCCCGUCAUUUGCAACACCAAACCGCACGACGCGAUCGAAUGCUCACUCCCAGCCUCCGCAAUCUCGCCCCGUGUCCGGCCGACGGAAACGAGAAAACGCAGAUGAAUAUGGGCCUGUCCCCAUCCUCCGCAAGGCUGCCGAGCUCGCCCACGUACAACGCCGAAGCAAAAAGCCGCGCAUCGGCAACGAGACCGGUGUCGAAGGGACCAAUGGGACUGCACAUUUUACACCAGAGGACCUGGAUGAAGCCCUUCCAGCGACGCCAGAUACAGACCUAGCAGAGCGAGGUAAUUCGAGGGCGACGAACCCUCACUCAGGGUCGUUGCUGAAAGGAAGCAUGCGCAGCCUCUCACGGCAGACUGGCCAGGGCCACUCUUCCCUGUGGCAGUUACAGGAUUCCUUUGCUGGGCCCUCGAAUACCACGAGUACGGCAUCCCAGAGCCAGGAGCUUUCGACUGAUCAGUCCUUCUCAACAAGUAUUCUGGAUGGACCUGGUGUAGCUGCUACGCCUCCCAUUGCAGAAUUCGAUAUGGAACCCGUCGGUCCCUUUACUGAAGAGAAUUCAUUUACGGACCUUCGCUUGACAGGCUUAGGUACGGGAUCUGCACAGGAUGCCAGUCUGCCGAGCCCAAGUUUGUCGCCCAUAACAGCAGCUGCCAACCUGGCUCAACAGAACUCUCAUAGCGCCGAAGACAACUAUGACCCCAGUGAUGUCUCUGGGCUGGACCUUUCGCAAGAUGACCGGCAUCUGUCACGUAUGGGAGACUUUCCGCUCUUCCCCUCUGAUUCAAGACACGUCGUAAUGCCUGAUGCGAACGAUGUGAACAGCCCCAAUCGCCAGCUGCCAACGCCUACGGUAAUGGGUAUACCUAGCAUGCUCAACACUUUCGAUGCUUUGCCGGAGCAGAUGAAGUCAUACGUCAUGUACCAAAUGCUUCGGCGAUGCAAGAAGCCCACCUUGCACUUUGUUGCGGAUGUAGUCAAUCCAGCCUUGAAACGCGACUUCAUCGCCUCGUUGCCUACGGAACUGAGCUUGGAAAUCCUUGGCUAUCUCGAUGCCAAGAGUAUGUGCAGUGCUGCACAAGUGUCCAAAUACUGGCGAAAGCUUACUGACACGCACGAGACGGCCUGGAAAGAGCUCUUCGAGAAGGAUGGUUUCAAACUACCCAGUGGGGAAUUGGAGCGUGCUGUCCAAGAAGGAUGGGGGUGGCAAUAUCCUCACUCGGCUGACAGUUACGAGCGUGAUUUGCGUGCACAGUCCGUCAUCUCAAGAUCUGACAAUGAAGGCCCUCCUAGCCUAUCCGGUUCUGGCUAUUCCAAUAAUCACCGCGAUCAUGAAGGUGCAAUCACUAGAUCCUCUUCCACGCGCCAGAAGCGGAAAGCUACCAGUAAGUAUGCUGGUGUGAAAAAACAGCGCAAGAAGGGCUCUUCUUCUGCAAGAUCCCAGGUGGCCCUCUAUUCGCAGCCAACAGAGAACGAAGGACUGCAUGAUUGGCAGCAAACAGAGAAUGAAGGACCGCAUGCGUUUGCCAAACGAGCACAGUCCGCUAUACCCAACCCCAAUGUUGGCCUUCCAGGUUUACGCGCCAUGCAUCUCUUCAAAUCGCUAUAUCAGCGACAUCACCUGAUCCGCAAGAGCUGGAUGGCCGAGGACACGAAGCCCAAACACAUUGCGUUCCGUGCGCACCAGCGUCAUGUAGUGACGUGCCUUCAAUUUGACACGGACAAAAUCCUGACUGGGAGCGACGAUACGAAUAUCAAUGUCUACGACACAAAGACGGGUGCGCUACGUAGCCGCCUCGAAGGUCAUGAGGGUGGUGUCUGGGCACUUCAGUAUGAAGGCAAUACACUCGUUUCUGGCUCUACAGAUCGGUCUGUGCGUGUGUGGGAUAUUGAGAAGGGCAAGUGUACACAGGUCUUUCAAGGUCAUACCUCUACUGUGCGCUGUCUAGUCAUUCUCAAACCUACUCAGAUCGGCGAGACCCUAGACGGUCAACCAAUCAUGAUGCCCAAGGAAGACUUGAUCAUCACCGGUUCCCGGGAUUCUUCACUCCGUGUAUGGAAAUUGCCCAAGCCCGGCGACCGCAGCGUCAUGCAGACGGGAGGAGGCUCCAAUGACCACGAAAAUCCUUACUUCAUUCGCGUUUUGGCCGGCCAUCAUCACUCUGUCCGCGCCAUUGCUGCGCAUGGAGACACGCUUGUGAGCGGCAGCUACGACUGCACUGUGCGUGUAUGGAAGAUAUCUACAGGAGACGUUGUGCAACGCCUGCAAGGGCACUCGCAAAAAGUGUACAGUGUCGUGCUGGACCAUGCACGAAACCGCUGCAUCAGCGGUUCGAUGGACAACAUGGUCAAGGUCUGGUCCCUAGAAACCGGCGCAUGCGUCUUCACUCUGGAAGGCCACACCUCUCUUGUUGGACUGCUCGACUUGAGCCACGAGCGGCUCGUUUCCGCCGCAGCCGACUCUACUCUUCGCAUUUGGGAUCCCGAGAAUGGACAAUGCAAGAGCCGACUGUGCGCUCACACGGGCGCCAUCACGUGCUUCCAGCAUGACGGCCAGAAGGUCAUCUCAGGCUCUGAUCGCACGUUGAAGAUGUGGAAUGUACAGACUGGCGAGUUCGUCAAAGAUUUGUUGACGGAUCUCAGUGGUGUGUGGCAAGUGAAGUUUAAUGAACGUCGAUGUGUCGCAGCUGUUCAGCGCAACAGCAUGACGUAUAUCGAGGUUCUUGACUUUGGCGCUUCGCGCGAUGGUGUGCCCUUGGAGCAGCGAGGACGCCGAAUCGUGGUGGACUCGACGGGCCAGGAGAUUGAUGAUGUGACGGAGAGCGAGGUUGUCGAGGCCGAUCAGGCUUGA